AUGUACAAUCGUAACUCCAGCGUCAUUACAUACGGGCAAUUUAGUGGCAGUGUCAGGAUGUGUACGGAUACAAUAUGCAACAACAUUCAAGUAGGCGUCCAAACUGGCUACAGUAGCGAAAUGUUUGGAUUUUCUAUGGAUUUCGUUCCAAAAAGUAAAGAUAAAGAUGGAAGAAUGAUUUUUUGCAGUCCAAUGUGGACAGAUAAAAAGAAAUACAUCAAGGGCCUGUGUCUAGAAUCCGGCGUGGGUAACAACAAAGCUGUAAACAUUACAAUGGAAGGAACUCCCUUACAUCGAAAUAAAGUCCUUAUUUAUAAUUCGGCCGGCUUCUCAUUGCAUUCGAUGAACGAUGCAGUCUUUUAUGGUGUUCCUGGUUACGAUUACUAUAAAGGCCAAGUGUUUCGGAGUGAAAGCCCUAACACAGUCGACGAAAAAAUAGGAAUUGGAAGCAAAGGCGACUCCUUGACGGGUUACUCAAUAUAUUCAGGAAAAUUUACGGAACAUGACACGAAGUAUCUUAUUGUCGGAUCGCCGAAAUACAAUGAUUCUGGCCGGGUGGAUAUAUUCCGUGUCUGGCAAAUAUCCUCAUGGACACACAUGGGCGCACAGCUCUCUCUCUCUCUCUCUUUCACUCUCUCUUUCUGUCUUUUUAAUAUUAAUAUUGAUAUCUAUCUAUCUAUCUAUCUAUCUAUCUAUCACACUCUAUUCAUGUACCUAUGUAUCUAUCACAUUCUAUUCAUUAUCUAUCUAUCUAUCUAUCUAUCUAUCUAUCUAUCUAUCUAUCUAUCUAUCUAUCUAUCGCACUCUUUUCAGUAUCUAUCUAUCUAUCUAUCUAUCUAUUUAUCUAUCAAUUUUUCUAAAAUCGGAUCUUAUUUUGGUGCAACAAUCUGCGCAGCAGACAUUGAUGGAAACGGCAAAGAAGACCUAUUUGUGGCUGCUCCUGCAUACACGACAAAAUCAGUCAGCGAAGGCCGAGUACUCUUGUUCCUAAGUGAAUCGACAUCUAGUAGCUUGUCGUUUAAAAAACCAAUCAUUUUAACGGGGUCACUGGCAGCGAAUGCUCGAUUUGGGACAUCGAUUUCCAGUGUCGGCGAUUUGGAUAAGGAUUCUUUCAAUGGUAUCUAUCUAUCUAUCUAUCUAUCUAUCUAUCUAUCUAUCUAUCUCAGUCUGUUCAUAUCUAUCUAUCUCAGUCUGUUCAUAUCUAUCUAUCUAUCUAUCUAUCUAUCUAUCUAUCUAUCUAUCUAUCUAUCUAUCUAUCUAUCUAUCUAUCUCUGUUCAUUAUCUAUCUAUCUAUCUAUCUAUCUAUCUCUGUUCAUAUCUAUCUAUCUAUCUAUAUCUAUCUAUCUAUCUAUCUAUCUAUCUAUCUAUCUAUCUCAGUCUGUUCAUUAUCUAUCUAUCUAUCUAUCUAUCCAUCUAUCUAUCUAUCUCUCAGUCUGUUCAUUAUCUAUCUAUCUAUCUAUCUAUCUAUCCAUCCAUCUAUCUAUCUAUCUCAGUCUGUUCAUAUCUAUCUAUCUAUCUAUCUAUCUAUCUAUCUAUCUAUCUAUCUAUCUCUGUUCAUUAUCUAUCUAUCUUUCAAUGGUAUCUAUCUAUCUAUCUAUCUAUCUAUCUAUCUAUCUAUCUAUCUAUCUAUCUAUCUAUCUCAGUCUGUUCAUAUCUAUCUAUCUCAGUCUGUUCAUAUCUAUCUAUCUAUCUAUCUAUCUAUCUAUCUAUCUAUCUAUCUAUCUAUCUAUCUCUGUUCAUUAUCUAUCUAUCUAUCUAUCUAUCUAUCUAUCUAUCUAUCUCUGUUCAUAUCUAUCUAUCUAUCUAUCUAUCUAUCUAUCUAUCUAUCUAUCUAUCUCAGUCUGUUCAUUAUCUAUCUAUCUAUCUAUCUAUCUAUCUAUCUAUCUAUCUCAGUCUGUUCAUUAUCAUCCAUCUAUCUAUCUAUCUAUCUAUCUAUCUAUCUAUCUAUCAGUCUGUUCAUAUCUAUCUAUCUAUCCAUCUAUCUAUCUAUCUAUCUAUCUAUCUAUCUAUCUAUCUCUGUUCAUUAUCUAUCUAUCUAUCCAUCUAUCUAUCUAUCUAUCUAUCUAUCUAUCUAUCUAUCUAUCCAUAUCUAUCUAUCUAUCUAUCUAUCUAUCUAUCUAUCUAUCCAUCUAUCUAUCUCAGUCUGUUCAUUAUCCAUAUCUAUCUAUCUAUCUAUCUAUCUAUCCCUAUCUAUCUAUCUCUCAGUCUGUUCAUUAUCUAUCUAUCUAUCUAUCUAUCUAUCUAUCUAUCUAUCUAUCUAUCUAUCUAUCUAUCUAUCUCAGUCUGUUCAUAUCUAUCUAUCUAUCUAUCUAUCUAUCUAUCUAUCUAUCUAUCUAUCUCAGUCUGUUCGUAUCUAUCUAUCUAUCUAUCUAUCUAUCUAUCUAUCUAUCUAUCUAUCUAAGUCUGUUCAUUAUCUAUCUAUCUAUCUCAGUCUGUUCAUAUCUAUCUAUCUAUCUAUCUAUCUAUCUAUCUAUCUAUCUAUCUAUCUAUCUGAUUAAUUGGAUCGAAGACAACACCGGCUGCGUAUACAUUUACAAUGGCCGUUCUGAUGGCAAAAUUUCAAAAUAUUCACAACGUAUACUUGGCAGUCAAGUAGAACCCAGUUUCCGGGGCUUCGGUUGGGCCAUUUCCAAAUCUGUCGAUAUUGACAAAAACGGUUAUCAGGAUUUUGCUGUGGGUGCAGUCCUUUCAGACAACGUCGCCAUUAUAAAAGGACGACCAAUUCUAAAGAUUUUCAUGGAUUUAACGAACAGCCCCGAAAAAAUUCCACUGAAUUUGACGGAACACGAUAAAAUAAAUAUCACCAUUCAUUUUAAGUAUACCGUCAAAGGAAAUGCUUUUCCAUCACUUUCAAUUUCAUACACACUUGUAGCGGAACCAAACUUUCUACCGAAAACUGAACGUCUUCUUUUAUCGGAAAAUGUUCAUCAUGGAACCUCCAAAGUUCGGAAUAUCUUAAAAGGAAAUGUUUCACUUGAGUCCAACAAGACGAAGGAAAUUCAAGUUUUCGGAGUUUUGCAACCUGGCAUAUCGGACUUCAUAUCCCCGAUCGAAUUAAGAUUGACCAACACGUUUCGCGACAAAAUGAUUGAAAAUGGUCAACUGAAUCCAAUUUUAAAGCAAAAAAAUGUACUUGUCCGAAAAGUAUUAUUUGCCAAAGACUGCGGGCAAGAUGACAUCUGCCGUUCGGAUCUAACAUUGUCACUGACAGCUAUGAACGAAGUCAUCGUAAACCAAACGAAAAAAAUAGAGUUCAAAGUUGUGGUUGGGAACGACGGACAAAAUGCUUUUCUCACCACUGCUACAUUCUUUACGGAGAAUAACUUGCGUUUUAUGGGAGUCCGUAUGCUGCAGCAGAAUCAUCGAGUCGAUUGUCUGGAGUGGAAAAACAUGGUUGAGUGUGAUGUGGCCAACCCCUUGGUGAGAAAUACGAACAUCAAAUUCGUACUAAUGUACCAGCUGCCCUACAUCAAUAAAAGUGUAAUCGAAAAGGGCAUUUGGCUGCAUGGAAAUGUCUCAACAAAAAGCGCCGAUAUUAAUAAAUUAAACAAGCAGCGAGCAGCAAUGGUUAAGCUCAACAUGAAAGCAGUUCCUGAAUUGACCGUAAAUUCGGAAGCGUUUCCCGUGAAAUACACAAAAAGUGAGGCGAUUUCACUUAACGGAAGUGAAGUGAUGUCCAUCUACUUUGAUAUUCACAAUCUUGGACCAAGCUCAAUGCCCAUGACUUGGGCUAUUUUCCAGAUCCCGAUGUUCCUCCCCAACGGCAAUAUCCUCUUCACUGACAACGACAUUGAGGUGCAAGAUGAGAAUAGCAAUUCACAACUUUGUGAAUUUCUAGUCAGGCAAAACACCGAAGACAGUUCGAGUGACAAAGAUGUGACAAUCCCUGGGAAAAUGACUGUCUCUACGGUCAACUUAGGAGAAGGAACGUCGUUCAUCAGCGAGACUUUAUCACAAGCCAGAGUUACCAUCCAAGCAGUUGCGAAAUGUCCUAAUACGAUAUGUAGCAUUUUACGGUGUCCGGUUCCAGAGAUCAGAGCCAGGGAUAAAAUUCGAUUUAUUCUCAAAUUGAAUUUUACAAAUGCACGGAAGCUUUUGCAGACGGUGGAUUAUUUAGAAAUUUCGCCUGAUAUAAAAUUAGAACAAAAUGAAGGCAUGAAAUAUUUGCUCCCUUGGACAGAACAACCAAACGUCAAGAUUUACCGGCGUUUUGUGGCGGAAAUGCCCCCUGGGAGGCCAAUCAACUACAUAUGGGUGUCCGCUGCCAGUUCAGCUGGAGCCAUCUGCUUCGUCAUGAUAGUCUGGUUUCUUAUAUGGAAGUACAAAUGUUGCGUCACCAAGAAACACACCGAAAGCCACUAUCGUAAUUCUUUCUUUCUUCUCUCUCUCUAUCUAUCUCUCUAUCUCUCUCUAUCCCUGUUCACUAUCUAUCUAUCUAUCUAUCUAUCUAUCUAUCUAUCUAUCUAUCUAUCACAAAGAAGAAAAUGUGUGUACGCGCACGCGCGUGCAUGCAUUUUCAAGUAA